AUGAUUUUUGUAUUGAUAUUGUCUAUAAUUUCUAUAAUUGUAUUAGCAUCCACAACAGAAGAAACAAUUACAAGAAACUACUGCUAACUUCCAGAUGCUGUAUUUGCAGAUGGAGUAUCGGCUGCUGACUUUGGUACCACUGGUUGGAAUUAUGCAAAUGCAGAAAAUUGGGAAUGUAUUAUUUAAUAUGCUAUUUUAGAACUUGUUGUGACUUGUGGUGGAAGUUAUCAAUCACCAAUUGAUAUAGUGACUACUGUUGCUAAUCAAGAACCCAUUUAACCAUAAAUACAUUAUAAAAAUAAGGCUUCAGACGUUGCAUAUGAAGAAGCAAACAGUAAUAAUAUAAAAUUAACUUUAGAACCAUAUACCAAAGAAUAUGAAGGAGAAUAUUCAGAAAUAGAAGUUACUGAUGCUUCUGGAUUAGUAGUUAGAUAUUAUGCUAAAUAAUUCCAUAUACAUACUCCAUCAGAACAUACUAUAGAUGGAAAAUACUUUGAUUUAGAAAUCCAUUUUGUUCAUUAAGUUAGUGUUUUUUAAUAUAUAAUUAGGCUAUUCAAGAUGAGGAACAAGAUUGUAACAAAGUAAAGAAUAGUUUGACAGUUUUUGGUCUUAUGUUCACAGAAUAAGCAUAUGCCACUGAUUAUGAAGUAUUUAAGCCUUGGUUUGAUUAAAAUGUAACUGGAGAAGUGGAAUCUUUUGAUUUGAAGUAAGAAUCUAAUUACUAAUAUAUAUAGUGAUUUCUUUUAAAAAAUGACUGAUACUACCUAUUAUCAUUAUAAUGGUAGUUUAACAACUUUGCCAUGUUCUUAGAUUGUUAAUUGGAUUGUAUUCUAUUAACCAUUGCCAAUCUCAACAAAUCAAUUGAAUCUAUUUAGAACAGCAUUUGCAGAUUCAACGGUCUUUCCACUCAAGAGAAAUAAUCGUCCAAUUUAACACUUGAAUGGAAGGAAAAUCUUAAAAGGAGUAAUUUAAUCUGAUUACUAUAUUUAAGACUGCACUCACAACCGGAGUGACAGAAAUACCAGAUGUACAAUCAUCUUAUGCAUAUCUAUUACUAUCAACAAUAGUGAUGAGUGCUUUUAUAUUAUGAGAAC